CGUGAACUGAUGUAGUAUAAAAACUUUCUUUGCAGGUAAACGUGUUGAGUUUCCAUUCAUUGAAACGUUCUUUUACUAACAUUCAACAACUCACAUCGCAAUGUCUGUAACAUACUUACACUCUAAACUACUUCUCACUUUAUUGAUAGCCGUCAAUUUGCUGAUUACGGUAAUCGAUGGUGAGUUGUUGAAAAUACACAACAAACUAACACACGAAGCACCGGGGAUUGAGCAACUCCUGGUUACGAACACGGCAUGGGUGGAAGAAACAGAGGGACCUUCUCAUGCAGGAGAGAUCGGCGACGGUCACCACCCGAUGUCUUUACGGCACAGCCGGGUCGUUAGGCAGAGUGAUAACGACGCGGAACCUGACGCAGGUUCCACCGAAACUACUACUGCUACUACAACUACUAGUACUACUACCAGUACUGCUACUUCUACUACUACUACUUCUACUACUACUACUGAACCUCUAACGACUACUGUCCCGAAUGUGACAUCGCAGGCACCUGUCAUCUCUGGGAGUAUCUCUCGGGCUAAUAUUUCUACCUUCAUCGAGAAGAACUACAAUUACUCGGACCACACGUCUUUUGAUAACGGCACCAACGGCUGGGACUUUCUGGGUACUUGGUCCAAAACCGACCUGAAUGCGACGGAAGCCAGCAAGCGUCCUGUCCCGCUGCCCAUGGAAGACGUUCUCGGGGAUCCGGGGCAGCAGCCCGAACCUGCAUCUGAUAACAACACGGACCUCGUUAUACUGCCAGACCAAAAUAACUAUGUCAUGAUAUGUACCGUUGACGGAUUUUCACCCAUGGGGCAACUGAAGAAGUCCUUCCCCGCGACCACCGUCGGUGAAGUCUUCAUCAGAUACUUUAUACCGGCCAAGGACAUUGUCUUUAACGUGACUCUGGUGAACGCCCAGAGCGGGACGCAGCUGCUCUAUUCCAACCUCGACGACACCCAGGCAACCACGAACGUCUGGACCACCGACAGCUUCUCCUUCAAGCAGUGGCCCUCACUCGCCCUUGACUACCAGGUUGUUCUAACGGUGUCGGCGUCAGCUGGCUCGACGCUGGAAAAGAGCCAGCCGCUGCUGGCCGUACAGCAUAUCGCUGUGGGCGGCAUGUGGCCAGGAGGGGUGCAGCCGACGAUCGCCCCACCGGUAUCCAACGAAACCAUCAACCCGCCAGGAAGCGCUCCUUACUUGGAAGGCCUGCAGUUCUCCAUCUACACCGCCCUCUACGUCUUCUUGGCUUUCUUCUUGCUGCUCAUCGUCGCCCUCGUGGUGGUUGUGGUCAGAGGGCGCCUCAGAAAGCGACGAGGUCAGCGUCAUCGGAUUACGACCCUAACACGGCCUACCGACUGGACAAGGUCUACGACAACCCCGCCUAUGAUGCAUCCGCAACUUGAGCUCCUGAACUGCGACGUGCCAUACCAACGACACCAGGACUCGGCAGGGUCCAGCACCGAUGUGAGUUAUGUCGACCCAAGCUUCACCAUCGAAUCUUUUUCCCGCCCUGGUUUUAGAUUUGAGUCUUCCCCUAUUUAGGCCCAAGUUAACAGUUGAUAAGUUCUUAUAUCACGUCGGUGUUGUGAUAUUCUUUGGGAAAAUGUUUGCAUUGGGUGCACUUAUUUGUGGAUCUUUUUUUAUCUCAUGUGCCGUACAAGGUUAAAGAUAAGAGGGCCUGCUUGCAGUGUGUUGAUGUGUGAUAGGAUUUCUAGUCGCCAUUUUUCAGUUAUUUCGUGAAGGAGUGAUAUCAAGACUUCUCGGUGAAGAAGCAAAUCAAAGUAUUUUUGAAGGCACAAAUAAAAUUUCUAAUUAUGUUCAAGAAAGACUAGCUUUAUCAAAUAAUUUCGGACUUUACACUCGACAAAUGAGAGGGUGUUGUUGACUCACUUGAGCGAGUGCGGUGCUUGGUGUCUAUCAGAAUUUUCAAACUUUUUGUUAUCGAGUAUCACACGGAGCUAUCGUACAAUCGCAAGGUAAUACCAUGUACCACUAAUUACCAUCAAUACUACAUAUUAGAAGGUGAUAUGCGAUAUUAUUCUUAUCAUAUUGUACUGAAUAACUAUUGAGUUAAGAAAUUGUUCAGUUAGUAUGUGUACUGUUUGUAUUCACUAAAGACCGCUGAGAUCAGACGGUAUGCGGGUGACAGCAGUUACAAAUCCUUAAAAAGCGAGCUUGUGUUAUAGGCGGUAAAUAUUACUAUAAAAUAGGAAAUAAGAAGCUAAAAAUAUCUAGUUUGUAAUACAAAAAAUCAUUUGAAUUAGAAGUGUUUGCGCCCUCCUGAAAGGCUCUCGCGUAUAUGUCUCUAUUGAUUGGUGCACCACAGUUAUUGAACCGCUUCUUUCGAGAUUACGUCUGAAAUAAUGAAUAAUGCCCUCCUGACUCGUCUCAUUAAGCAUUACUUCAUGCCAACUGAGAAUAUUGAGUAAAAUAUCUUGCAUCUGCGUGUAGUUUAGUUGGACAUUGCAGAAUUUAAUAUUGCUAUAUUAAUUUCAUGAUCAACCUCUUGAGGAUGACAAGCACUCCAAGUCAAAUUGUUUUUCCAAAUUUUAUUUCAAUAAAAAAGACAAAUAAAAAUUUUAAAGUAGAUAAAAAGCUCUAUCCUAUUAUUUGCAGUUUAGUUCAUUUAUUUCCAUUAACACCAGUUAUUUUCUUUGUUUCUUAUCUGUGUUAAAAACUCCCACCUUAUUGUAAACUUUGCGUGAAGGAUGAAAGAGAUCUAGAUAAUUAUUCUCUCUCAAUAUAAAGUACUCUAGGUACUCCAGAGUUCACGCCGUACUCUAGAGCUCUCUAGAUACUCUAGGUUCUCUCAAGUACUCUAGAGCUCUCUAGGUAGCCUACUCUUAGGUAUUCUAGGUACUUUAGGUACUCUAGGUUCUCCAGAGUUCUCUAAGUACUCUAGAGUAUUCUAGAAAAAGUAUGAUCUAGAGUACACUUCAGGUCCUCUAGAUUGCUUCGAGGUGAUGACAUGAGCUUCAGGUCGACUGCAGCGUUGUGAUGACAUUCAUAGCGGUGUCUGUAGCGUCUACCUGUCAGAAUCGGGGGCAUUAUUUCAUUUAUGUUUAUGAACCUGGUUUCAAAGUAUAACUCUAGUAUUGGGUUGGUGAUUCAGCCUGUAUUUGUACAUAUAUACUGCUAAAUUAUUUACUUAGGCUGAGAUGCAAGUAUUUUUUCGCUGCUAUCCUUUGAACUUGAUUACGUGAGAAGGGAACGGAUAUUGCCCAGAGAAAUUACUGUCCAUGAAAAGUCAAGAGAUUUUACCACAUUUGUAUUUUUUGAUCAUGAAAGGCAGCAAUUGUCAUUUCUUAUUUAUUUUCGUGCAUCUUUUAUCCUUGAAUUUAAAAUAUAAUGAAUGACGGAAUAAGUAGGUAAUCAAAAAAUCUCAUUAAGCAUCUUAAUGGAAGAAGCAUACUAAUGUAUAAUUAAAAUCUUCUUGGAUGCGUUCUUUAAAUAUUAGUGAAAACAUUUUCAAUGAAUUAAAAAGGAUUAUUGCUUUCAUGGUAGUUUAUAAUGAUACCAUAAGACGUAUUAAAGAAGAAGAUAUGAACGCAUAUCACCGCUAAACGCCUAGCCUAUAUUAAUUAUCGGUUCAACGUUUUUGUACAUACUCAUAUGAGAGUUAUUAUACAAUUCAUGAGUU